AUGGUAGACAAAGCUACUACAGAGAGAAAACUGAAGGCUCCAUUAUCUGGUCGCAAAAGAGUACCUAAGAAAACUGCACAUGCUUGUAAUUACUGCCAUCAGGCUCAUAUGACUUGUGAUGACUCCAGGCCUUGCAAAAGAUGCAUACAACGGAACUUAGCUGAUUCUUGUAGGGAUGCUCCACGUAAGAAAAAGAAAUAUUUAAUGGAUAUCCCAGACGAAGUAGCAGACCCUUCUGCUCAGCAGUUAACUCCGGACGCAGUUAUGGGACCUUCCCCUUCUACAAUGACCCUUUCACAAUCAAACGCAUUCAUGUCAUCCGCUGCCGAUCUAGAAUAUUCUAUAUUGGGAAAUAUCAUUCAUCAGGAUAGCGGUCAGUUCGUUGGCACUGAUGGCACUGUCAUUAGUCCUAGCAUCAGUACAUCAGAUGACAAUUCCCACAUUACUCCUUUGGCACACUAUAAUGGCGCAAUCCAGGGACCUGCCGUAUACACAAAAUCUCCCUUGAAUUUUGAAGGUUCCUACGCUAUGACCCCAAUUCAAAGACGCACAGAUAUUAAUGAAAUACAGCCUGAUCUACUACGGAGUGAACCUUCCUCUAAUGACACUUUUGGACCAACCUUACAUGGAGAAGAGCCUUCUUGUGAUAGCUCCACUAACCAGUACUUUAUAGGUCCCUCAUUUUCGUCAGAUGGCAGGGCUCAGACUCUGACAUUUCCAUACGUUGUUAGUCAGAUUGAAAGAACCAAACGCUACAAUCCUAAAGAAUUUCGUCGAAGAAACAAAAAAUCAGCCAUUUCGUUCAGUGUCGGUCUAAUGACAGACGAAUCCUCAGACAAAAGAGAUGAGUCUAUUACGGGGUUGGUCUAUCACGAACCAUCUGAGAUUUACUCCAAAAUAAAAAGACCUUACUCGUAUCCACAAUACUACCACAGUUUAAUCCUAUAUCUCAGAAAACGGUUUGAUAAAGAAUCACUAGUCGCCAUGUCCAAGGCAAUGGCCGAAUAUAGACCGUCAUUCAUAGCAGGAACCAUGAACUUGAAGGAAGAUGAUUUGAUAUUUACAGAACAGUGUUUUCAAAGAACAUUACUAGAGUACGAUAACUACAUUUCUAUCAGUGGAACUCCUACGGUUGUUUGGAGGAGGACCUCACAACUGGCCUAUGUGGGGAGCGAGUUCUGUGUCCUCACUGGCUGGUCCAAAGAACAACUACUGGGAAGGUCAACGUUUAUUGUUGAAAUACUCGACGAUAAAUCAGUGCUUGAUUAUUUUGAGCUUUUUUCUAAGAUUGCCUUCGGUGACUUCAGAGGAGCUACUAUGACAGAAUGUACCCUGUUGACCCCUGAUGGCAAAAAAAUUCGAACCAGUUCGAUAUGGACUCUAAAGCGAGACGUUUUUGGCAUACCCAUGAUGGUAAUAGCAAAUUUUCUCCCCAUCUUGACAUGA